CGAAGCUCUCUACUGCCGGAGAACUGCGACAGCAAACAUGAACAUAGAAGAUGCGGACAUCGUCUACGCGGAACGUGACGCAGACCCAGAGCGAUUUCGCGACUAUGAUCCGAACCGUCAAUUAGAUGCCGCGUAUGCUGACGCUCACGCACGCGAAGCAUCUCGGAGAGCAUCUCGGCAGCAAUCGGGGAGGACUAAUACGCAGCAGUCGAGACGUGAAGCAGUAGAAGAGGCAGACCGAGAGGGCUCUGUCAGCUCCGCGAGCACCUCAUCCAUCCCACAUCGCAAUACCCGCUAUUCCACCUCCCAUACACCGUCCGUGGCAACCAGGACGUCAACCAGAAUCGAAGAUGAAUUCAUGCAUUACCUUGAUCGACAUCCCACAGCCAUCCAACGCAUUUCGGAGCAUCGUCUACAACAUUUGCAAACAGUCGGUUCGAGGAGAGCGCCAGCUGAUGCGGGAAUUGAUCUGCCGAGCUUUGGAGGAAAGAAGCCGUAUCCGCCGCCUUUGCCUGACAGAGAAGAGUAUGUCGUCGAGUUCGAUGGCCACGACGACCCUCGACACGCGAUGAACUGGCCAACCAAGAAGAAGAUGAUCAUCACAUCGAUUCUUAUUUUCGAUUCGUUGGCGGCCACGUUCGCAUCUUCCAUCUUCUCCCCGGCAGCCAUGUAUGUCGAGCGAGAAUUCCACAAAGGCCGUGAGGUCGUCACGCUUGCAACAUCUCUAUUCGUCCUUGGUUAUGCUGUUGGCCCCAUGGUGUUCGCUCCAAUGUCGGAGCUAUACGGAAGAAGGCUUCCAGUUGUCUUUGCAGCGAUCGCCUUUGGCAUUUUCAACAUUGGCGUUGCGGUGGCGAAAGACUACCAAACGCUCAUCAUCUGCCGUUUCUUUGGUGGAUUCUUCGGUAGUGCUCCACUGGCAAUCACUGCCGCUGUAUUCGCAGACAUGUAUAGCAAUCAGUAUCGGGGUCUGGCUGUUUGCGCUUUCUCCGGAACUAUCAUCAACGGCCCGCUCAUGGCCCCAUUCAUUGGCGGAUUCAUCGCCAGCUCAUAUCUAGGCUGGAGAUGGGUCGCGUACAUUCCCGCUUUCAUGGGCUUUGCCGCUGGGACGCUGGCUCUUUUCUUCCAAGAUGAGACUUACGGCCCUGUCAUCCUGGUCAGCAAAGCAUCCGAACUUCGACGUUUGACACGGAAUUGGGGCAUCCACGCGAAGCAAGAAGAAGUCGAAGUCGAUUUGAAAGAGCUCGCAUCGAAGAACUUGAUGAGGCCUCUUCGAAUCCUAUUUACGGAGCCAAUCGUCCUCCUUAUCACGAUCUACAUGAGCUUUUUGUACGGACUGCUUUAUCUAUCAUUGACAGCAUUCGGCAUCGUUUUUGGGCAGAUCCAUGGCUUCGGACCCGGCGUUAAUGGGCUACCUUACUUCGGAAUGAUUGUUGGGGUCUGCUUCGGUAUAGCGCUUGUCUGUAUCGAUGUCCGUGGCUAUAAUAAGAAACUCAAGGCCAACAAUAACAUUCCGGUACCUGAAUGGCGAGUGCCAAUCAUGAUGCUAGGCACUGUGUCCUUCACGAUUGGCUUAUUCUGGUUCGGCUGGACUGGAUAUACUGCAAGCAUACCGUGGAUAGUCCCAACGCUUGCUGGUCUAGCACUGGGUUUCGGCAUAUUCACUGUCUUCUUACAGUGCCUGAACUACAUCAUCGAUGCGUAUCUGAUGUUUGCAGCGUCUGCAAUAGCGGCCAACACCAUUAUGCGUUCGAUCUGUGGUGCGGUCUUUCCACUCUUUGCCUACUAUAUGUACGAGGGCAUUGGCGUGAACUGGGGCAUGACAUUACUUGGCUGCUUAUCGGCUCUCUUCAUACCGAUGCCUUUUGUUUUCUACUUCAAAGGCAAACAGAUCCGCGCAAAGUCCAAGUUCGCACCGGCCCCAGAUAUUGAACACGACAAACGCCGCGACGAGGAGAGCAAAGGUGGUGGCGAAGGCGACGAGAGCGAUGGAACCGCUGCCAAGGACACUAACGGGAAUGCUAAGAAGGAGGCAUGAUCAUGAAUGCAGCCAGUAUACACCAAUCUUCUGAAUAAUAUUCGAAGGUCCAUCAAAGCCCUCCGACGAAAGUGGGGCAUUCAG